AGAGAAAUUAUCAAAAAAAAAAAGAAAAAAAAAAGAAAAAAGAAAAUCGAACGAGAAAGAAAACUCUCUCUCUCUAAGCUCCCUCUAUAAAUACCCAGUACACCUCCACACGUGAUCAUCUGCAAAUAUUUCUCAGCGACUUUGCAGGUCUCUCUCUCUCCUUCUCUCUCUCUCUCUCUCUGUUCGACAUAGUUUAGCUGGGAGAAUUGUAGAAGAGAGUCUUUUUCCUCCCCCCCCUCAAUAGCAUUUUGCUGCUUUUCGGAUCUCUUUUUGGAGUUUCGCUUCUUGUUCUGAGGAAUCCAAGCUCGAGAAAAUGGCUAAGAAUGUUGGAAUUGUCGCUAUGGACAUCUACUUCCCUCCUUCCUGCGUUAAGCAGGAAGCCUUGGAGGCUCAUGAUGGCGCAAGCAAAGGAAAAUAUACUAUUGGACUUGGACAAGAUUGCAUGGCGUUUUGUUCAGAAGUGGAAGAUGUCAUCUCAAUGAGUUUGACAGUGGUUACUUCACUUCUUGAGAAGUAUAAAAUUGACCCAAAACAGAUUGGUCGGCUGGAAGUGGGCAGUGAGACAGUUAUAGACAAGAGCAAAUCAAUUAAGACCUUCCUGAUGCAAAUAUUUGAGGAACAUGGCAAUACUGACAUUGAAGGUGUCGACUCCACCAAUGCAUGCUACGGAGGAACUGCAGCUUUAUUCAACUGUGUCAAUUGGGUGGAGAGUAACUCAUGGGAUGGGCGCUAUGGUCUCGUUGUGUGCACCGACAGUGCGGUUUAUGCUGAAGGACCAGCCAGGCCAACUGGCGGAGCCGCUGCUAUUGCUUUGCUGAUUGGCCCUGAUGCCCCUAUUGCUUUUGAGAGCAAAUAUAGAGCAAGCCACAUGGCUCAUGUCUAUGAUUUUUACAAGCCCAACCUAGCUAGUGAAUAUCCAGUUGUCGACGGAAAGCUUUCUCAAACAUGCUACCUUAUGGCCCUUGAUUCAUGCUACAAACAACUCUGCAAGAAGUAUGAGAAAUUUGAGGGCAAACAAUUUUCAAUUUCUGAUGCCGAGUAUUUUGUAUUUCAUUCUCCGUACAACAAGCUUGUACAGAAGAGUUUCGCUCGUUUGGUAUACAAUGACUCUGUCAGAAACGCAAGCUCCAUCGACAAGGCUUCUAAAGAAAAGCUGGCUCCAUUUUCAACCCUAUCUGGUGAUGAGAGCUACCAAAGCCGUGAUCUUGAGAAGGUCUCACAGCAAGCCGCGAAGCCCCUAUAUGAUGCAAAGGUGCAACCAACUACUUUGAUGCCAAAGCAAGUUGGAAACAUGUACACAGCUUCUUUGUACGCAGCAUUGGCAUCCCUUAUUCACAACAAGAGCAGUGAAUUGGCAGGAAAACGAGUUGUGUUGUUCUCUUACGGGAGUGGUUUAACUGCCACGAUGUUCUCAUUGCAACUCCGUGAGGGUGAACAUCCCUUUAGCUUGGCAAACAUUGCAAGAGUCAUGAAUGUUGCAGAGAAGUUGAAAUCCAGACACGAGGUCGUUCCAGAGAAGUUCAUUGAAACGUUGAAGCUCAUGGAACACAGGUAUGGAGCUAAGGACUUUGUGACCAGCAAGGAUAGCGGCCUUCUUCCACCUGGCACAUACUAUCUCACUGAAGUCGAUUCCCUCUACCGGAGGUUCUAUUCCAAGAAGGCUGUGGAAGGUACUGGUGGUGCCUCUGAGAACGGCACCGUCGCUAAUGGUCAUUAAUUUCGAAUGUAUCCGACAUGUUUUGCCGUGAAAUAUGGCAUUCGUGUUAUUAGAUGUGUGUAGUAACCGGAGGUCCGGGAUACUCGUGAUCUCCUAUCGUUUGGCAGCAACUGUCGUCAUUUUUCAAAUUUUUUUCGCCUUUUUUUCCCCCUCCCUUUUCCUGUACUCUUCAAGUCUUUCUUGUCCAAUGACAAUAAUGAGAAUGUAAGCAUUUUACUCGAUAUUUAAUCAAGCUGUUGCAAGAACCAAAUUAUCAA